AAUGCACCAACAUCUCUAUUAGUGCCUCUAUCCCCAUCCUUCUACACCCGAUUUCCGCGCUUCCGUCGGUUCGCAUCCCAUGGCGUCUGAGGCGCAGCAACCCUUGGUGUCGUCUCACGCACAGCCUGCCAUGGCGUCGCCUCACGCACAGCAGUCCCGCCAGCAGUGGUGGAAACCAGAGCUAGGGUUCCCCUUCCCCUCCGCGUCUGUGCUCGCCUGCCAUGCGUCCGCGCUGCUGCUCGCGGGGAUCAUAAUAUACUGGGUCGUGGAGUUUUACGGUGGCGUCACCAGGGAAAUACAUUGGCAUCCUCUCCUCAUGACCAUCGGCUUCAUCAUCGUCUUCGGCCAAGGAAUCCUGGCCUACCGCCUGCUCCCCUUCUCAAGACCUGCUCGAAAGAUCGCUCAUCUGGUGAUUAACGGCGUGGCUCUGGUGCUGGCGCUGGUGGGAGUAACAGCCGUGUUCAAGUUUUACCAGAUCGAUUCUGUUCAGCACCUUUACAGCCUGCAUUCUUGGUGCGGCUCGGUGGUUCUCGUGCUCUUCGCCUGCCAGCGCUGGUGGGAGUGGCGGCGGUGUUCAGCUUUUACCGGUUCGAUUCCGUUCAGCACCUCUACAGCCUGCAUUCGUGGUGCGGCUCAGUGGUUCUUCUGCUCUUCGCCUUCCAGGGGCUCCUUAAACCCGAAACCCUUCAAAAUUCUUCCGAACCCUUAAAACCCUUGCAAAACUGCGCUGUUUGUCAGUAACGGCAGCGUUCGAGUCCUUCAAGGUGGUUUCCGUUCAGCACCUCUACAGCCUGCACUCGCAUUGUAGCUCAGUGGCUCUCCUGCACUUAGCUUGCCAGGUUCUCCUAAAACCCCAACUCUUAGAAAUCUGUCCCAACCCUGAAACCCUAGUGCUGGGGAGGGGUGGUGGAGUUCCAAGGCUUACAAGUUCGAUUCGGUUGAGCACCUUCACAGUCGGCACUCGUGGUGCGGCUCAGUAGUUCUUGUGCUCUUCGCCUGACAGUGGAUCGCUGGUUUUUACACGUUCUUCUAUCCCACCAACACUUACACCGCCCGCGAAACUGCCAAGCCUUGGCACACCUUCAUGGGCAUCUUCCUAUUCUGCCUUGCGCUCGCCACUGCAUCGCAAGGCAUCGCCGAGAAAAUGGCGAAUACCUUCAACAAUGAGGGCGUCAGCAAAAGGAGCCUCUAUUCCGUUGUUGCGAAUCUGGUCGGCCUCGCGAUUUUCACCUACGGUGGAGUAGUUAUUUGGACGGCUACGGUAGUUGACAAGGCACAAGAAGAUGUUGCCUAUAGGAUAUUGGAAUGAUUUUUUUUAUUUUAUUUUUUUGGCCUGCUGCUCUUGUAUCUGAUGGAGGUAUGGCUGGCAUGGCUGGGAGCAUGGCUGGGAGCAUGGCUGGGGGCCUGGCUGGGGGCAUGACUGCUGGGAUGGCUAAAUUGUUGCCAUUUUGAUGGCUCAAGAGGCUCAACAGCAACAGCAGCAGCAGCAGCAGCAGCAGCGGCGGUCUCAGCACAUGGACCCUGUUGCAGUGGCAGGUUUGGUAGGGGAGGCUAGGGGAGUCCAGGUAUGGGAGCCCCAGGGGUGGGUGCUUCUAGUGCUGUGGCAGCAGGGGCAUUGCAAGCAAGGCUGUAGAGAGGAGGUGCAAGAGGAGUUAUGGAUAAGGCAUGAGGGGAUGAUGGGCAGUGGGGCAGGGGAAGGUGGGGGGUGUCAGUCAACAUAUAUAUUUUAUAGAUAUAUAUGUAUAGGCUAGGUAGGUGUACUACAGAGUGCUGGUUCCUACUAUAGAGGGUACAACACAACACCCUUCUUGUAUCUCUCUCUCUUGUCAAGUUCUCCCCUCUUUUCUCUUGCUCAACUUCUCUCUACCUACCUAAACCCUACUUCCCUACUUUAACAGGGGGGAAGCAGGAGGGCUAAUCUACAGUACCGUAACUGGACUGGAACAUAGGAGCAAGAGCAGUUAUCCGCAGCUCAAUUGGAAAACGUGGUCCUAAAGUUUUGGGCUAACAUACAUGAGCAUCAAAUAAAGGCUAAUAAUACAU